AUGGCGGACCCUUCUCGACUCCAGCACUUCCCCACGAAGCCGCGGGUCGUCAUCCUGUCCGACAUAUCCAACGAGCCCGACGAUGCCGAGUCGCUGGUGCGCUACCUGCUGUACGCGAACCAGUUCACGACCGAGGGUAUCAUUGCCUGCACGUCGACCUGGAUGCGCACAAAGACGUGCCCGCAGGACAUGGACAAGAUCAUCACCGCAUACCGCGGCGCCGUCGACAACCUCAAUGCCCACGCGCACCCGGACAUGCAGUACCCUUCCGCAGACCACCUGUUGGGCCUCGUCCGCUCUGGCCCGCCCGUGUACGGCAUGGCCGCCGUGGGCGACGACAUCCCGCUAAGCAAAGGCGGCGAGCUGCUCCUCGAGCGCAUCACUGCCUCCUCCUCCUCCUCCUCCGCCCCAGACUAUGCCCCGCUGUGGGUGCUGUGCUGGGGCGGGACAAACGUCCUCGCCCAGGUCCUGCUGUACAUCAAGAACACCUACCCUCCCGCCGAGGCCGCCGCCUACCGCUCGCGGAUCCGCGUCUACGCCAUCUCGGACCAGGACGACACGGGAGCCUGGAUCCGCGCGCAGUUCCCGGACGUCUUCUACAUUGCCUCGGUGCACGGCUGGAACCAGUACGGCCUCGCGGCGUGGACGGGCAUCUCGGGCGACAAGUACUACCGGUUCGACCAGGGCGGGCCCGACUUCACAAAGAUGACCAAGGAGUGGAUCAGGGCCAACAUUCAGAUCGGGCCCCUGGGGUCCGCGUACCCGGACUACAUGUUCAUCCCCGAGGGCGACACCCCGACGUUCCUGUACCUGAUCCAGAACGGGCUCGGCGUGCCUGAGCACCCGGAGUACGGGUCCUGGGGCGGGCGGUACGUCCUGAGCGACGCGGGAGCCCCCUCGUCCCCUUCGUCGUCGUCCGUGUCCCAGCCGACCAUCGUCCGGUCGCGGCACUACGGCGACGCGGUCGACACCUCGGUCCCCGGCGCCGACGGGCGUCUCUACACGUCCAACCACGCGACCGUCUGGCGCUGGCGCGACGCCUUCCAGAACGACUUUGCCGCGCGCAUGCAGUGGACCUUGUCCCCGGACCGGUCCAAGGCGAACCACCAUCCCGUCAUCUCCAUCAGUACGGACACCAGCAGCACCAGCAACAGCAGCAAUAACCCAAACAACGACGACGACAACAAUAACGACAGCACCAGCGCCCCCAUCACAAUCUCCGCCGAGGCAGGCAGCACAAUCCGCCUCGACGCCUCGGGUACGUACGACCCCGACCCGGCCGACACCCUGACGUACAAGUGGUGGCACUACAAGGACCCGAGCGCCACGCAGUGGUGGGUCGACGCCGAGGUCGCCGACCUGACCAUCACGCCGGAGAACAAGCAAGGCAGCAUCGUCAGCGUGGCGCUCCCCCCCGCGGAGAAGUGCGCAGUCGACAUGAUGACCCGCCAGGCCCAGAAACUGGGCCAGGUGCUCCAUCUCGUGUUGGAGGUCGUGGACGACGGGUCGCCCCGGCUGACCUCGUACCGCAGGGUGCUGGUGCAGGUCACGAACAGGGAGCUCCGGGGCGGGAGGAGGAGCAGCAGCAGUGCCGAGGGCGGCGGCGGAUUCGAGGCCGUGGGGGACGUCAUGCAGGGCUUUGCGUAG